AUGAUAAGUGAAGGUGAUGGAAAACCAAUUAAAAAACCUGUUCCACUUCCGAGGAAAAGUUUAUUGAAACAAAAUAAAAAUUCUUUAAAAGAAACCCUUUUAAGUAAAGAUGAAAAGAAUAACGGUUUAUUCAAAGAAAAGGAAGAAAAAAAUUUUGUUAGAGACGACUGGAAAUCAGCAUCAGAAAGUUUCGUUUUUGAAAAAAAACGUUUAAUGAAAAGCGAAGUCAAUAAAUUUGAAAAAUCUGUUAGAAAUAUCAUAUCAAGGAGGAAAUCAGGGCACACAAAGUCUUUAAAUAUUGCUCCUAAAAGUGAGCUCACCAGAAGUGAUUCCUUACCAGACAACAGCAUAUUUUGUAACAUUUCAUUUAAUUCACCCUUGGCAGAAGGCAGUAUUAUACAUAGUGAUAAAGUAGAUGGAUGUGUUGAUAAAAAUUAUUAUGAAAAUAAAGUGACACAUCCUCCAAAUUAUCCCCCUCCUGAUCCCCCAGAUGAAUCAAUUUACGAUCAAAUGAAAAUUGUCGAUUUUCCAAACUUGCAUUCGGACUUUUCCUACAUCUCCAACAAUUCAUCAAGUUCUAUUUCCACUGGAUCAGACUGCAUGACUCCUUGUGAUUUUGAUUCAAAUAGGGAAAUUUCCAAAUAUGAUUUAUCAUUAGUUCCUGGACCCAAAAAUGUUAAUAACCGAUAUGAAAUUGUGGGCAAUAGUGCAAUUAAAAAUUGUUCAGAUGAAGAAAAUAGUUCAUUGAAUCAAUCACCUACACCUUCUGAAACAGAAAAAUGCUGUUCCGAAGUUGCUGAUUGUAUUAAAAACAAUGCAAAGCCAUUUAAUUCACAAAUUAAAUAUAUAAUUCAUUUAUUCGAUCCACUUCAAGACAAUAAAUUGAAUGUUAGUGAUAAUACAUUAGACUUAUUGUAUAGUGAGAGUACAUUAAAAUUGAAAACUUCCGAUUCAUGUUUUAUCGACUCGAAAGAAUCAGAACCUGCAAAUCAUACCAAAGAUGCAGAACACAUCAAAAUGAAAACUCAAAAUAUUAUCCCUCCAAAUUUAAAGGAAGGGCAUUAUGGAAAAAUUAAAAAACCAUCUAGUUCAAGCAUAGAAUUACCAUCAGUUCAACCUAAUAUUGAACCCCCACCAAUCCCACCUAGAAAUUUUCCACCUAGAAGUUUAUCAGAAAGUCUUGAAAAUAAAAAGGAAUCAUCGAGAGAGGUUAAAUCAAAGUCUACCGUUAUAAAAAAUGAAAAAGAAAUUAGUAAUGCCUUGGAGGAGAAGCAUAAAUCAUCUGAUGUCAUGCAGUGGUCAAGUUUGAAAAGGGUUGCUAAAAAAGUGGCUGAUAAUAUUGAACACAGAACUAGUUAUCUGUCAUUAAGUGGAAAAAAAAUUAAUAAAAAUUCAGAUGAGGAAUUUCCUACAAAAUCAUUAUCGAAAGUAAAAUCAUUUUCUGGCAUUGGAAAUUUAUGCCAACUUCCUCAAAAUUUUUCUAAACACAGUGGAAUCAUGUACAGGCCUGGAGGGAUUGAAAGGUGGGGUGUUUUAUCACAGAGGAAGUUGACAUUAUUUGCGAAUAAAGAUAGUCCUGAUGUUAAAGAAACGGUGCCAAUGGAUAAUGUUCUUUCUAUUCAAGCCACCCUAAAUAAAAUUAGUAAUAAUGAAACGUUAGGAAUUUACUGUUUUGAAAUAUCUGUGGCUUCGAGGAAUCAGUUGCUAUUGUUUGGAGUUCCAUCGAUAUCAGAAAGACACAUUUGGAUGAGAAAACUAUUGGAAAGUAUUGGACCUGGAUUUUCAGCCAAACUUAGCAUGGAUUACACAAAAGCUGGAUGGUGUUUCGCAAAGGAAAGUGUCGCUUGCGUUUGGACGAAAUAUUGCAUUUUGUUACACCACAGAACAUUAUAUUUAUCCUCCGAAUUAGUUCCUAUAAUAGCAGCCGAUCUCAGAAAAGCGAGAAAUAUAACUCUUCAAGUCGAAGGAUUCACGUGUGAGAAAGUCACGGAAAAGGGUCCGUUAAUACUCGUCGAUUUGCAAGAUAAAACUUUGUAUUUGCAAAUGGAUUACGUUCGUGAAACUAAAGCCUGGGAACUUGCCAUAACGGCAGCCGCACUUAAAAACGGUCCUUCUUUGUGCGAACAACAAUUAACCAAAGAUGACGUGCCCACGAUUGUGGAUAAAUGUUUGAAUUUCGUUCAUACGCAAGGUGUUUUUUCCGAAGGUAUAUACAGGAGAAACGGAUCGAACAGAGCCGUGAGUCAAUUGCUCGCAUCCUUUCGAUGCAACGCAUGGUCCGUUCAAUUGAGCAGAGAUGAAUAUACGGAAUUUGACGUGUCGUCCGUUUUGAAAAGGUUUUUCAGGGAUUUACCGGAGCCUUUACUCGUACCGGAAAUUCAAGAAGAUCUCGGAAAGAUUUUAGCUUUUACGAACGUGAAGGAAAAAAUAGAAGAGUACAAAAACACGCUUAAAAAGUUGCCUUCAAUAAAUUAUUUAACGGCUCGAAGACUUUUGUGUCAUUUGCAUUUCAUCGACAAAUUGAAAGAGAAAAAUUUAAUGGGAGCGGAAAAUUUAGCCGCCAUUUGGGGUCCGACCAUUUUGCAAGUUCAGGAACAAGUUUCUCUCGGUUCCGACUGUUUCAAAAUGGAAACGUUGAUCGUGAAUAAUUUAAUUUGUUUUUACCCGGAAAUAUUCGACGUGAAGGAGGAGGAAGUUGAAAAAGAAAUGAAAAUAUUGAAAAUGUUGGAAAGUUAUCACACGAACAGCAACAGCCUUAAUAAAAAACCAUCGGGAGAACUUAAAAUUUGGGUUUAUUUGUAUUCGCAUAAGAACACGGAUAAUUGCGUUAACAUAUCGAUAAAUCCACAGAAAACGGCCGAAGAAGUUUGCAAAGAAUUAAGUGCUAAAACAAACGAAUCUCUUCAUUCACUCUGCCUGGAAGAAGUUAUUUGCAGCGGUCAUUUGUCGCGUCCGCUGAAUCAUUCCGAAAAAGUACUGGACACGGUACUGAGGUGGAGUUAUUGGGAAGAAAGCGACAGAAAAGACAAUUGUUUGGUAUUGACGAAAAACGAUUUGUUUCAACAAGUCGUGAAAUAUUCAAAAUUUCCCGUUAUAGUGAGCGAAGAAUUGAAAUUCGCAGAUCAAAAAUCAAAAACUUUUAAAACUUGCCUCUUCGAAUUUAGUCAAGCGAAAUUAAUUUGUUACAAGGAUAAAAUGUGUUCUCAGAAGAUUGGAGAAUGGAAAAUCGAAGAUAUCGUCUGGUAUUUCGGUCACGAACCUAAAAGAAUACCCAACGCAAAAUGGUCGAUAACUUUUAUAGAAAAAAAUUCGAUGGCUCCACGUACGAAAGAAAAAAUAUAUUUCGGUAAUACCAUUUGCGGUUCUUCGGAAGAGCAAAAAUUAAAAUUAAUAACCGCCAUGUUGACGGCGCAAUAUUCGAAAGACAUAUUACCGAUUCCUAAUCUCAUGGAGUGA